AUGGGUUCGACUACUACAGCUGUUCUUUACACCUUGAGCGUGGCGAGCUCACCCGCUAGAGCCGCUCCGAAUGAUGCGUCGGCCAAGAGCCAUCACGCUAAAGCCGGCUUCAGGAACCCCUGGGAGCGGCGCAUCACGGGCAAAGCCAACAAGCCCAAAACCACCGGUCCGACUGUCACCGUUCGGAAACCCGACUUCCUUCCGACUCGGGACACUCCCCGACUUCGCGCGACUUGGCUCGGACAUGCGUGCUAUUAUGUCGAAUUCCCCGGUGGUCUCCGUGCGCUCUUUGACCCAGUCCUAGAAGAGCGCUGUGGCCCAUACAACAUGCUUGGCCCAAAAAGAUUCACCGAGGCACCUUGCAAGAUCAAUGAUAUUCCCGUCAUUGAUGCAGUCUUUAUCUCUCACAAUCAUUACGAUCACCUUUCCUACACCGGUGUCACCGAAAUCGCCCAGCGACACCCAAACUGCCACUUCUUUGUUCCUCUGGGCGUGAAGGCAUGGUUCCAAAGCUGUGGUAUCAGCCAGGUGACCGAGCUGGACUGGUGGGAUGAGCGCGACAUUACGCUUUCUCCUGUCGGGAAUGAAGAGGCCCAAGUCGGCGUCGUAGAAGACUCAGCUUCAGUCGCGGCGGGGAUCAAAGCACGCAUCGGCUUCUUGCCUAGCCAACAUGCCACUGCUCGCACUCCCUUCGAUAGAAUGCAGACUCUCUGGGGGUCUUGGACAAUCGAAUCGGGAGGCAAGCAUGUCUACUUUACAGGGGAUACUGGCUACCGAUCGGUUCCAAAGCUGCCCGAGGGUGAAGACGAUCACGAUCCCAAGUACGACAAUCUCCCUACUUGCCCUGCUUUUAAACAGGUUGGUGAGUUCCGCGGCCCAUUUGACUUGGGCCUGAUCCCGAUUGGUGCAUAUGCGCCGCGCCAUAUGUUCAGUUCUGCACACGUGGAUCCGCAUGAGGCUGUACAGAUCUUCCAAGAUACAAAAUGCAAGAAGGCUUUGGGUAUGCACUGGGGUACCUGGGUUCUGACGGAAGAGGAUGUUCUGGAACCACCAGAGAAACUCAAGGCUGCCCUAAAGAACUUUGGCUUGCCGGUGGAAGGCGUCUUCGAUGUUUGUGAGAUUGGCGAGAGCCGCGAAUUUUAA